AUGGACCUGUCACCUCGUUCCUCGCGGUCCUCGUCGUCGGCCUCUCGCAAGGCCAACCUUACGCUGGAUCUCUCCACCCUGCCGCCCCUGACACAACCAACGCCGCCGUCCAACACUCUGCUCUUUACAAACCUCAACAAUGUCGACAUCUUCCGGCCGGAAAACUUGCAGACCAUCCGCGACCUCAUCUCCAAGACGGCGCCCAUGCACGCCUUUGCGCCGCUCAAGUCGUUCCGCCGCAUCGUCAUCUCCUUCUUCGACAUUGACGCUGCCAUUGCCGUCCGCCGGAUCUGGGAUGGCGAGGCCGUCCUGGGCGAGCGCCUCAAGAUUUACUACGGCCAGCAGACGCCGGUCCAGGCCAGAGACGAGCACCUGGCCCUCCCUGACGCCGGGAAGCUCUUCUUCAUUUCGCCACCGCCGAGCCCGCCCCACGGCUGGGAGAUGCGUCUCGAGGACGCCCCCAACAAGAUGGUCCACGCAGAGGAUCUCGCAGACGCCCUGGCAAAACUCCACCACCGCAACCCGGCUCCCGAGUCUCCCAUGAGCCCCAGCGACGGCUCUACGUUUGGGGGUCGCCCCCGGAGCCGCAGCUCGACCCUCAUCUACCGCCCGGCCGACUACGGCUCUAGUCCAGACCUGCCGGCCGUCGUGGUGCACGACAUGACCGACGAGCCUGCCGAGAUGAGCCCCUUGGAAACCUCGCGCUCCAUUAUGGCUCAUACGGCUCGACCUCCCGUCGAGCUGAUGCAUGACUCAUAA